AUGCGAGACGACUCUGUCGGCUCCGACUCCCACCUCGACAAUGAGGUUUAUUCAACUUUCUUCUUUUGAUAUAAUCAUAUCCUGAAAAUUUUUGAAUAUUCCACGGUCGAGUAUUUUGCUCGGGUGGUUUUUCCACCAUAAAGCGUCUGGUUUGCUUCUUUUGAAAAAAUAUCAUCUUCCAUUUUCCCAGUUGAAAAAAAUUACCCAAAACUCAAAAAUAUUUGAUAUACAAUUUUAUAAUGAACACAGGCGCGAGAACACGUCUACAAAGUUGUGAUCACUGCCGCCGGUCUGCUCAGUGUAUUUUCCCUGCUCACCCUCGUGCUUAUCCUUCCUUCAAUGUACAAUUAUGUAGACAACAUGAGUCGAUUUACGAGACAAGACUUUGCAUAUUGUCAGGUCAGCUACUAUUUUUUUAAUAACGGAAGAAGUUUGUAUGAUUUUCGAAAGUUCGUGACAAUGAGAUGAGUGAACUUUUAGAACGCGGCGGACGAUUUGGAGCAUGAAAUGAUGUCGAUCAGAGAUAAAAUGGCAAAGGGCAUGAAUAUAUCCAAAAGAGCUGCCGGCUACGGAGCCGCCUACAAUCCGUCGAUGCUCGCCGCCGACUCUCCGCAGUUCCAAGAAUGUCCCGCCUGUUGCGUUCCAGGAGAGCGUGGUCCUCCUGGAGACGCCGGUCUGCCCGCCAUGGCUGGUUCUCCAGGUCCUGACGGAGCUCCUGGACGACCUGGAGCAACGCCAAACGCCUCUUGCAUUCCUGAAAGAGUACGUUUGAAGCGAAUUAAAUUUUUUUCAAUCUGUCAACUUCAUUUUUCUUUGAAAGUUUAUUCAGUUUAUACUAAAUUGAAAAAUCAAGUCACAGUUAGAAAGACUUACCCAUAAAUAGUUGAUUAUAAAAUUUUGGCAAUUAGAUUUUAUCCUUUUCCUGUGAAACUCGAGGGUUUAUUGACUUUAUAUCGCAAGUCCAGGUUAGAAGUUGCCAUUUUGCGAGAGCACUCAAUGAGCUAAAGAACUUAUAAAUUCUUUUUUUAAUAUGUGCUUCCUACUAGGAAAGUCAUGAUAUACAAUGCGAUUUGCAGGUUUUCGAGCCGCCACCAUGUUUGCCAUGUCCACAAGGUCCUCGAGGAGUACCUGGACAUCCAGGCUUUCCUGGAGACCCAGGAGACUCAGGAAUACCUGGACGGCCUGGUUCGGAUGGACUUCCGGGCAAACUCGGCGAUUCUGGUCCUCCAGGGCCUGCCGGAGUUCCGGGCGAAGCUGGUCCUAUCGGAGACAAGGGCCGUACUCCAGAAGCGCACGUUAUUCCAGGACCACCAGGAGAAGCUGGGCCGCCAGGUUUCUUUACAUUAUCUCACAUUAUCGAUUUUUUAUUCUUUUUUUUACUCAUGUAGUUUUUUUUCCAAAAUAACUGUGAAAUAAUCAACUAUCUAUGCAGCACGAAAUUUUUCACAAUUUUUUUCAAAUCAACCAGCAUAAAAUUAGUCAUAGGUUCUGGCAAAGUACGAAGUCAAUUAACGCUGAGUAAAAUUUCGAAACGGUCUUUUCGCUUUUCCGUUUUUUAAAAUGUCAAAAAGCUCAGUUUUUCCAUUCUCGAAAUUCCUACGACAUUAAGAAGAAUUUUUCAACAGAAUAACUCAAAAAAAUACAAUUUUUUUAUUUCAAAAAAAUUUGAAAUUACCUCUCUAUUUGAAUUUUUAUAGAUUAAAUUAAAGUUAAAUUUUUUUCAUAAACUUCAAAAAAAGCCUGUUGUCUAUAUUUUUUUGAGAAAAAAAUGCCUAAAAACUUUUUUUCACGAAAUGAUGCAAGUCUUUAGGACCAUGGGGACCACCUGGAAGCGCUGGAAUGCCUGGUGAAGAUGGCUACGCUGGAACUCCUGGAGAGAAAGGCUGGCCUGGACCGCCAGGAGCCACGGGAUCGAUGGGACCUCCAGGUCAACCAGGACCGGCUGGAGAAGAAGGACCUUCCGGAACUCCUGGAACGUGCGUCUGUCAGGACACCGAAGUCGUGAUGAACGACGAAAAGGGAAAGAUUCCGGCGCCUCGUGACGACGUCAGUCCUUAUCAACGGUUCUUUCAUUAUUCCAGAGUGUUUCAGACAGCGGCACCGGCGACUGGUGGAAACUACGAAAAUCAGAUGCCAUCGGCUAUCCGUUCCUCUCAAAUGGCGGCUUCCCCAGCGUAAGCUUUCUUCUACAACAGAGUUUUGAUUAUCAACUGAACAAGUUUAGGUAUCCCAGCGAGUCUCCAUCCGAAGGUGGCUACGAAGACCGCGGUGAGCAUCGUCCCAAUGGCGGCUACUAUCAUCUGAAGCGCCACCGACAAAUGCUCCAAUAACAUUUUCAGAAUUCCCCUCUCUUACCAAGAAAUGGAAUUUUUUCACCUCGGCUUUUCCACCUCUUUUCUUAUUAUCAUUUCUAAUAAUUGUAGCCAAGCUGAUCAAUCCGUUUCCUCAGUUCUUGCAGGGAUUUCAUCACUAUCACAUAAGGGUCAAUCGAGUUGCAUUCCAGUGUCUUUCAAUUGUUUUUUACUUCUUUUUCCCACAAUAAAUGUAUUGAAAACAUUCCUCGUUCUUUGAAGAAAAAGUCAAUCGCAGUGACCGUGAAAAUAAAUUAGCGAAAAAGGACAAUUUCGUUGAAAUGGAAAAUGCCUUAUUUUUUGAAUUCACAGCCUACGGUAACGAUCGAGUAUGUAUACGUGUUUGCACGACUAGCACAGAAAUCAACGUUUUUUAAAUUUUUGAUUUAACACUAAGAAUAACUGACGAGAUAAAGGCGAGGUCGGUGGCGGUACAUUGACGAACUCGAAAAAAUCUCGUUUUUUUCUCGCGCCGGUCUCGCAUUUUUCUGGGCGCGAGCUCGCACUUUUUCUCGGCGCGACCUCGCAUUUAUCUUGCAUUUCGGAAAUUCUCAAAGUGCGAGAGAAAUGCGAGCUCCCGCCUAGAAAAGUGCGAGCUCGCGCCCAGAAAAAAAUGCGAGACCGGCGCGAGAAAAAAAGCGAGAUGUUUGCGAGCUCGUCAAUGUACCGCCAGUGUCUCGCGUUUAUCUCGGCAGUUAUUCUUAGUGAAUUUUUUUAAAAAAAUUAAAAUUUUUUUAGAAUUUUUCUUGAAUGGAAAUUCAGUGGGCUGCUUACUUAAUUUUUUUAUAAUUUUUUUAUAAAAUAUAAAUUCUCAUUUUUCCCGUAGUUUCUCACAAAAAAAUUUCUCAGUAUACCGAAAAGCUUCAUGAAUCUCUUAAUUACAUGUUGGAAUCAACUGCGAGAAAAAUGUAUUGAUACUAUAAAAUUUAACUCAAUCCAAAUUUGAACCAACUUCGCCUAUAUUUUGAAAAUACAAAAAAUUCCAUACUACUGCUUAUAUCUUUGUUUACCAGUAAUAAAAGAUUGAGUUUCGUCAAAACUUUAGAAAGGAAAACGCUUAAGAAGAAGGGAAAAUUGAAAAAGCUUUGGUGAAAUUCGAAGCAGGCUUCGGCUAGCCAUAAGUCUUGAUUCUCCUAGAUUUUCUCUGAAAUUCGAUUUUUUUUUCCAACUCGCCGGGAUCUCAUUGACAGCCGUUGUUUCAGGAUAUUCAAAUAUGUGUGCAACAAUCGGAGACAACAGUUCGGUCAAGGGCGCGCCUAUCUUCGCCCUAUCGUCUUGUUAUAUCCGCGAAUAUCUGGUGACCGACCCACCCAAUAUCCAUUUCGCAUUCUUCGAAGCCGUGCCCACGUCGCCUACCUUUCGCGUCGGCGUCAACAAUCCAUGAGCUCGGAGCCGCAGGUUGAACCUUUUUCUUUUUUUUUUUGCUAGUCGGAUUUUAAUUUCCAAUUCGAUCCAGCGCAGUUUCUUUCAACCUCAGAGCUUCUUCUUCUUCUUCUUACGCCUUUGUACCGCUUGAGCGGCGUCGGCGCCCCAAGUCGAUUAGCCGAGGUCCUAUCCUGAUAUCAGUGGAGUGGCUCGAGUGACAUAUCCGUCCUUGUGUUUGACGGCUGGGGAUUUUGAAGUCGUGGUUUCCCACUACCAACAUUUCUUAAACCCCUUGGUUGGGUCGGGGCGGGGAUCGAACUUGUGACCCUGUGGACCGUAGACAGGCACACAACCUGUUGCGCUACGGCGCGCCCUUUCAACCUCGGAGCAUUAGUUUAAAAUAACUCGAACAUUUCCAUUUCAAGCAAUUUUGUGUACAAAGCUUAUGUUCGGGGUUUCCAAACUUUUCAAAUCUCGGAAAAGUAUAACAUUCUAAAGGACUUACCAUGAGUAGUGAUGAUAUGGUUGCUGAAGCUUGCUCCGUUAGAAAAAAAGUUGCAUGUGAUCCUAUAUCUCCGACAUCCCUUUUUUCUAUCCCCACCCAGUCAAGCAUUUCUGAUUUUUCGCGGCUUCUCACUGCAAGAUUUCAAAUUGCUUUCUGGCGGAACAGUUUAACCGCCAAAAGAUUUGACCGCACCCUGAUUAGCUCAGAAAUGGGCAGAGAAGUUUGUUUGGACCGUGGCCGACAGGUGCUUGUCGCGAGAUGUGACAAAACGUCGCCGGAUGCCGACCUCAUUCUCCAGUGAUAACGCAAAUCAUUGAUUGACCCUAACCUACGGCGAUACGUAUCUCGAUCCACCUCUACUUUCACUAACCUUUUGUCCUAAUUUUUCAGAAAGGGUUAUUCUCUCUCUUUCUCUUCAUCUUUCCAUACCUCGCAAGUCUUCUACGCAUUCGAAUCUAUCUUGAACUUCAUCGAAUUUCUUGUGCUCAUGCUGCUUUUCAUUGUUACCUUAACUAGACAAGUAGGAUUCGGACUUCAAAAAUAAAAUGAUUGAGUUUUAUAAUCUUUUUUCUCGACUCCUCUCAUGAUCAAAAGAAAUUUCACGGCUUUUCAUAGUUUAUUUCACGUCUUUCCGUGGUAACUGUGUCUAUAGUUUCUUCGAAAAAGCUCUGUAGGAUAAUCAAAGUGCAAGAAGAUUUUCAAAUCUACGGAUUUUUGCUCGCUCUCUAUUCAAAAAGUACACUUUUUUCGAGUUUGUGAAAACUGGCGUUAACAGUCAAGGACUGGAGACUUAGCAAAAAACGCAAUCAGAAUAGUUAAAGUUAGCUCAUUUUGAUCAACUUUAAAAUUUUUAGAAUUUUAAUUUCCAGAGCAACGGCGUCGAGGAGAAGCAAUUGAAGAAACAAUCGGUGAAGGACGUCAAAAAGAAAAAACAACAAAAGCGGGAUAUUAAGGAAGACGUUAAUCACAAGUUCGAUCAUUAAAAUCAUUGGAGUUAAAAAACAGUUUUUUUUUCGAUAAAUUCAUUUUGACUUGAUUUUUUGAUUGUUAUAGAAAUCAUUUUUGGAAUUGUCAAACAACUUACCCAUUUGGGAAAAAGUUGAAUUCUUUAAAACAACAAAAAAAUAUUCGAGAAGGUCUUGAAAGUCCUCUAUCAAGCUUGAGAAUGUGAUGAAACUACAGUCCUAUAUUUCCCAUUUAUUGAAAUUUUUUUUUUGCUCGCAAUUAUUUAGAUGAAGCGUGAGUGAGAUUUUUCUGUUUGAAAGAAAAAAAUGAAUAAUUAAAAAAAUGAACAAUUGCUAAUUAAGCCCGAUAUCUUUGCAGUUUGGUCGAAGAGCCGAAAGCUGUCCCUAGCCGACUGCGCACUUUUUUCUCGUACAUCCGCGGACUUCUCGGGAAGAAACCGCCAGUUCUGAAAAGAGGCCGAAAGGUUCUCGAUUUAUCGAGCGUGUGAGAAAUAAAAAAAAAUCACAUUUCAGGCUUCUUACUCUUUCUCGACAGAAGACCUGAGCCAGCAGAAAAGACGCAGCUUUCUGACUCUUUGGCCCUCCGUCGACAAUGAAAAGCACCGCAAACGACAGGUCAGACAUCGUUCUUUAUUGCCAGUAUAAUCGACUCAACCUUUUCUUUUUGAUAUAAAAAUGGUUUCCAGCUGUCGGACGUUCUCGCAGACGACGAACAACGCCCGCCGGCGGAUGUACCAGUUUGCAACAGCUCUCCAAAUAACUUUUAGGUUUUUUUUCUUGCUUUAUUCGUACAAUGUGGAAAAUUUACAGUGUAUUAUCCUUGUUGAUUGUUUGCAUCGCAUUGCCAACCAUGUACAACCACGUCCAAACGACGAUCGAGUACGUUGAGCGAGAAAUGGCUUUCUGCGAGGUAUCCUUUUUAAUUUUAAGUUUUUGAAAAAAUUCACUCUAUUUUUUCUCCAGUGAAAUGUUUGCUGUCAGCUUUUCAAAGACAAAGAGAACAUGGGAAAAAAAAGUCUUCAUUUUGAGUUCAGCCACAAAUUUUAGAUCAUCACCAGAAACGAAAAGACUUGGCUCAACUUUUUUGCCUAGUACUAGAUACAGAGGUGAUAAUCCAUCUUUAAUGAUUCUUUCUGAUCAAUUUCGCUUCAGUUUUCUGAAAAAAAUCAGUUAAGUAACGUUUUUUUUUUCAAAAUAGUUUUUUAUAAAUGAAAAUAGCCGGUUUCACUCUGAAUAUCCGGAAUAACUACUCAACUAGAUGGAAAAAACCUUUUAAUUAAGCGAUCGAAUGACGAGGCGAUCGUGGAACUGCAGUACGGCAAAAUGGCGUUCAACAACAGGACGAAGCGUGGCUACGGCGGCGGCGCUUCCUAUGGUUUCCGAGCCAACUCCUACGGCGACGAGGUCACCGGAUCUCCACUCGAUUCCGAGUGCCCUGGCUGCUGCAUUCCUGGUCCUCCUGGUCCUCGUGGUCCUUCAGGCACACCUGGAACUCCAGGAAGCCCGGGGCUUGCUGGCAAGCCUGGAUUUCCGGGCACAACGCCAAACCAAACAUGUCCUGCCAACGUUGUUAGAGAGCCUCCGCCAUGCCGACCGUGCCCCAAAGGACCACCUGGCAUCAAAGGCUGGCCUGGAUUCCCGGGCGACGUCGGACCGCCCGGACCUCCAGGGAACAAAGGCCUCGAUGGAGAGGACGGCGCGCCAGGAGAGACUGGUCAGUUGCAAUUGUGAAUCACGUUUGGAAAAAAUCAGGAUGGAAUUUUAGCAGAAAAUGCAUUUUCCGUUAUACUUUUUUCUGGGCUUUAAACGGCGGCAGUUUUAAAGUUUGUGAACAAGCGGUUUCGACGCGUUUCGGCGCCAAUAACCAUGAAGAGCUGUUUUUAAUAAAUAUUCGUUCUUUUUUUUCGAAGAAAGAAUAAUUUUGAACUGUAAUAACCGAUUUGAACUUGAAUUGCUUACUCGAAACCUACAUUAUGUCCUAAAUUAUUAUGACUUAAAAUUUUUUAUCGGCUAACUUAAAAUAUAAUCACAUGGAGCACAGUUUAUAGAUAUGAAAAACAUUCGUUUCGAUGUCUAAUAAUAAACUAAAAAAAUCUUGUUUUUCCAAAGACUAACCGAUAAUUCGUCUUUUCUACCGUCUCAAAAAAGAGUUUUUAGGACCAGUCGGACCACCCGGCUAUCGCGGAGGACCUGGAGCUCCCGGAGACAAGGGACCGACGCCCGAAGGGGAACUGCGCGAAGGACCACCCGGAGACGAAGGACCGCCUGGACCGGUCGGCGCACCUGGAAUGCCAGGACUUCCAGGUCGCAAUGGACUCACUGGUCCUCAAGUCAGUUUUUUUUUAAUCUUCGAAAGUCUUGUAAGAUGGAAGAAAUAAUUUCACUUGCAGUACUUCACAAAGUUUCUCAAACCGGGAACUGUUAUCGCAAUCGAACAAAUAUCUAAUUAGGAUACUUUUGAACACUUUAUCGUACCUUCAAUAAUCGUCUUACAAAAAAAUUGUAUUUUUUCUAUUUUUGUAGUUUUUCGAACUGAAAAAAAUCCAAUUUCACAUAUCGAAUUCAGUUUUGAAUUUGAGAAGGAAGUUUUGUAAGUUAGUAAUCAAUGGAAAAAAAGAACUCAAACAAGUUGAAAGCCAAUGACAAACGUCAUCGAAAAAAAAACCGAAACUGAUUAUUUUGAGGGAGACCGUGGAUGGCCUGGAGUAUCUGGCGAGUCUGGAGAGCCAGGCUACCCAGGACCUGAAGGUCCGAUGGGAGGACAAGGACCUCCAGGAGAACCCGGCGUCUGCGUCUGUCAGAACGUCGACUCGAUUCUUCUCAUCAACCCUGGUCCACAACCACGAAUCCGCGCCGAAGACUACGCCGCCGACAAUUAUCCGGCCAACAACUACGGAGGACAUCAGUCUGCCGGCGGCUACAUGGGCUACGGCGGAUAG